AUGGGCACAAACAAGUUCAAGUUCGUGCCGGAUCAAAUGUACGUUUUGCUUCUUUACACUUGUAUUGCUCAGUGGCAAGAUCGCACAACAGGAGGCCAGGUCUCUAACGUGACUGGUGCCAUGAUGCACCCUCAGUUUGAUCCACAUACAUGUGAGAAUGACGUGGCUAUAGUCAAAAUAUCACCAGCAGUCGGUCCAGAUCUAGUGGGUGAAUUCGCUAGAGUAGCGAAGAACGGCAGCUACCCCAAACCGGGCAAAAAAAGGGCAGCUGGCUGGGGACAGAUGAACCCCGGGCCUGAUUUCAUCCCACCAUUGCCGAAAAAGAAGAGAGAAGUCGAACUCACUGCCGUGUCGUUCUCCAAGUGCCUAAAAGCAUAUCGACGUAUGGGCUAUCCAUUAAAGCAAAGUAUGGUAUGCGUAAGAGAUCGAGGCAAAACUCAGUGCGUUGGAGAUAGUGGCGGGCCAUUGCUUGAUGCCGGUACUGGAGAGCUUGAAGGUGUAGCUUCCUUCGGCGGGGAUUGUGGAAGCCACGAGUGGCCUGGCGUCUCUACCGCCGUGGGUCAAGUAUUUGGCUUUAUUUCGCGUCAUGCUGGUUAG